AUGUCUUCGACUGGUCAGAACCAGGCCAACGUGCCACAAGCUCAGAUAAAUGGACGGCCUUAUCUAGUUACAACAGUUGCAACCCUCGGCGGCUAUCCAACUCCCUCCGUCGAUGAUCCAAUUUGCGGCGUCUUUAUUGCCUUCUUCCUCGCCAGCGCCAUCUUCAACAUGACCAUCUACAUACGGAAUCGACGACGUGGCCACAAGUUCCUGUUCUCAGCUGUCCUAUUCGGCUUUUCUAUCGCCCGUAUCGUUGCCUGUUCACUACGCAUCGUCGUCGGCUCCAAGCCACAUCAAGUCAACACCGUCAUCGCUUCCCAGGUCUUCAACAGUGCAGGUGUUGUAAUGAUCUUUGUCAUCAACCUCUUCUUCGCCCAACGCAUCCUCCGAGCCUACCACCCGCGGCUGGGUUGGGGAAAACCUGCAACAUUGGUAGCGCGGUUUCUACUAUUCAGCCUUAUUGGGACACUCAUCAUGACCAUAAUCGCCGUUGUGUAUUCAUUCUAUACCCUCGACGUUGGGGUGCGGAAGACGAUUCGCCAUAUCCAGCUCUUUUCUGCUACCUAUAUCGCAGUAUUGGCUUUCUUGCCAUUACCCAUCACCAUCGUCAGCGUCUUGCUUUCUAGCCCGGAGAAAGUUGAACCCUUCGGCCGAGGAAGGAUGGAAACGAAAGUCUACCUUCUCACCGGGACAUCGACGCUCUUAGCUUUCGGUGCAGGUUUCAGAGCUGGCACUAGCUAUGUGACACGUCCCAUCACCGAUCCGGCGUGGUUCCACCAUAAAGCCUGCUUUUACAUCGUCAACUUUGCCAUCGAGAUCAUCGUGGUCUACUCAUACGCCUUAUCUCGCUUCGACCGUCGCUUCUUCAUCCCAAAUGGCAGCAGUGGCCCAGGCGACUACUCUCGGAUAGAGGUUCCAAUUCCGUUGGGUGAUCAAAGUGCUGAUUUCAGUCUUGGGUCACAGGACAGACUUAGCAUUAGAGACGUGCAGCUGCAGAAAGUGAGGAAUGUUGGGGCAUAA